CUUGCCUGAAGUGCAGAGCGCUCGAGCGCUCGACAGCCAUAUGGGCUGCCCAUAGCCGAGCCAUGCCGUAGUUCAUAAAAUGGAGGACAUCGCCUCCAGCAUCACAGAUUUAAUAGGAAGGACGCCGCUGCUGCGCCUCCAGUCAAACAGCGCCGAACUCCUCGCAAAACUCGAAUUCCUCAACCCCGGCGGCUCGGUCAAGGAUAGAGCAGCGUUAGCUAUCGUGGAGGACGCGGAACGGCGCCAGUUGUUGAGGAAGGGCUCCGUGCUAGUGGAUGCCACCUCCGGCAAUACUGGUAUAGCAUUAGCCAUGGUCGCCGCCUCCAAAGGUUAUGGGUGUGUUGUAAGUAUGCCGCGCGUGUGCACGAAUGUCGAAAGGUACGCGCUCAUCAAAGCGUACGGUGGUGUUGUACUACUAAGUGAGCCGAACGAAGGCGCCGAGGGGAUGCUGCGGCUGGCCAAAAAGGCCGCUGAAGCUUUGGGAGACCGGGCCUACUACACGGCUCAGUUCUCGAACCCCUGUAAUGCGGAAGCACAUUUAAAUGGGACGGGACCGGAGCUCUGGCGCCAGUGUGGUGGGAGGCUGGACGCUGUUGUAUUGGGCGCGGGCACGGGCGGCACGGCCUCUGGUAUUACAAGAGCUCUACGGUCCCUCGCAUCGCAGAGUGGUGUACAACCUCCGAAAAUUGUGGUAGUGGAGCCCGAGCUCUCCCGAACUUUAUCUGGUGGAGUGCACCACAACGGGCAUGGAGUCACGGGUAUUGGAGCAGGUGUACCUCUCGCGUUCGUGUGCAAUAAAGAUGAAACAGACGAAGGCCAACGGGUCCAAGUUGAUGAAUUCCGGAGCUGCUCCCUGGCUGAUGCGUUGGACGAGGCGCGCGCCGUAUCCAUGCGAGAUGGGGUAUUGGCGGGGCCGUCGUCGGGCGCGGCGCUCAGAGUGGCGCGGGACGUCGCGUCGGAGCUGGGCGAAGGCAAGCGCGUCGUCGUUAUCUUACCUUCAGCAGGGGAGCGCUACCUCACGCACCCGCUCUUUGACGCGCACCGGAGACAAGCGGAGGCGGAGCUCGGCCUCACUGAUGUUGUGGUGGACGAUGGGAGGGAGCUGCGGAAACUCCAAGACCUCUCCCGACCAGAGCCAUCAGUGCAUUCAUCGAAUGAUCCGGUCGUGGAGACGCGCCGCGCGCUCGAGAAUGAGCUCGCGAGGAUGGCCGCCGAGCUCCUCAACUGCGAAAACAUACCGGUGGAGGCGCGCCUCGAGGACCUCGGGGCCUCGUCGCUCACCGCGGCGCGAUUGCUGGGGAAGUUGGCAUUAGCGGGCCGCGAUUCUCAAAUGCCGGGGGCAAAAGUAGCUUUAUUGAAGGUGGCGCUGUUGGGGUCGGUGCGCGAUUUAGCAAGGGUUCUAUUGAGGCUGGAUGCGGACGACGCGCCGUUCCACGGCGGUAAGGCGCCUGAUGGUUGUGUGAUAAGGGUAGCCUACUGCGGCGGCUGAGACCCGCUCUUCGGCGCCCAGUUCGAAGCUCUCAAAGCUUUCCUGGCGUCGCUCUUCGAGGGUUUGGUGGUUGAAGGGUUUGUCGAAAGUGGUAUGACUGGCGCGUUCCGCGUGACUCUUGUAUGUGGUACCGAGGAGACAGUAUUGUCGCCCUACGGCUUCGUGGACACACCUGGUCGUAGGGCGACGCUCGCCGCCGCCAUCGCGUCCCAUUUUUAGUUCUACGUGACCGGCCCACACUCCUAACAUGGUGUGGGCCGCGACUGAAGCUAUAAGUAUUAAUCACAGUU